GACAGUUCUUUCUGCUAGCCAGCUAUUGUCAAUGUUGUCUGUUGUUUUCUAGAUAGUACAAAAUGGCGUAUCUCCAAACCGAAGUUCUUGGACAUACCCAGAAAGUAUGUAGACUUUACAAACGAGCUGUGAGACUCAUCCAAGAAUGUGCACCUAAUAGGGUUGCCUUUCGGUACAACGCCGUAUUGCUGAGGCAAAAAUUUGACGAAAAUCGUAGCCUAACGGAUGCCCUGAAAGUGCAAACUCUCAUCGCAAAUGCGGAGGAGGAAUUGUUUCAAAAGCAACACACACACCCGCUUAAAUUUGCUGAAUCACCUGGUGGGUCUGCCUAUGGAAGAGAACUCAGAUCUCCCGACUGGGUGCUGGACUAUUGGAGCCAUGAUGAGAAAGCUCAAUAUCCUGAGUAUUUUGCUCGUAGAGAAGAGCUCAAAAAAGAGUAUGUAGCCUACUGGGAGAAGAAAUUUGGCAAAGCUGAGGAGCCCCAUCAUCAUUGAAAAUUUAUUGUUAUGCAAAUUACCAUGUAUAGGCACUUGAAUAGAUAAGAUUUCAGACAGUGA